ACAUCUCCAGCUCUUGGAUUACGUCGGGCAACAUAACAGGAGGCACUGAAUUCUCUCUGCUUUUUAGAACCUAGCCCAAAGCAAGAUUUUUUUUGGUUAAGCCAAAAGUGAAACUGGAGAGGGAAAGCUGAGGGUACAAUAAGAGGAUUAAAGAUUAGCUAUGACACAUGCCUUGGAAAUUAACCUUUAACCAAACAUCUUAUAAAUAACGCCAGCGCAGCUUCUCCUGUGAAUGUAAAGAGAUCCUGGGCUCUCGGAGAGGGAGAAGUCACAGCCAGCCAAAAAGGAAAAAGCAAAGGCAGAAACGGCAUCAGGAGAGACAGAGAUGUGAAGGAGGGAAGGAGCAGGAGAGCAGGAAGGAAACGCAGGAGGAGGGAGCAGCAGCUCCUUUGAACACAGAGGAUCAUCUGUUUGCUGUUAAAAUCAGUCUCCCUCGGCACCCUGAACGAUGGAUAUAAUAUUUGGCAGGAAUAGGAAAGAACAGCUGGAGCCUGUGAGGGCCAAAGUGACAGGCAAGAUUCCAGCAUGGCUGCAGGGAACCCUGCUCCGCAACGGGCCUGGGAUGCACACGGUGGGGGAGUCCAGAUACAACCAUUGGUUUGACGGCCUUGCCCUCCUCCACAGCUUCACCAUCAGAAACGGUGAAAUCUAUUACAGGAGCAAAUACCUGAGAAGCGAUACCUACAACGCCAAUAUUGAGGCAAACAGGAUUGUGGUGUCUGAAUUUGGAACAAUGGCCUAUCCGGACCCCUGCAAAAACAUAUUUUCCAAAGCUUUCACCUACUUGUCUCACACCAUCCCCGAUUUCACAGACAACUGCCUGAUCAACAUCAUGAAGUGCGGAGAAGACUUCUAUGCGACCUCAGAGACCAAUUACAUCAGGAAAAUCAACCCACAGACUCUGGAAACCCUGGAGAAGGUUGAUUAUCGUAAAUACGUGGCGGUAAAUCUGGCAACGUCACAUCCCCAUUAUGAUGAGGCUGGAAAUGUUCUCAACAUGGGCACAUCCAUUGUGGAAAAGGGGAAGACAAAAUAUGUGAUUUUUAAGAUCCCUGCCACAGUACCAGAGGGCAAGAAGCAGGAGAAGAGCCCCUGGAAGCACACGGAGGUGUUCUGCUCCAUCCCGUCCCGCUCCCUGCUCUCCCCAAGCUACUACCACAGCUUUGGAGUCACCGAGAACUAUGUCAUCUUCCUUGAGCAGCCUUUCAGGUUGGAUAUUCUCAAGAUGGCAACCGCGUACAUCCGGAGAAUGAGCUGGGCCUCCUGCCUGGCUUUCCACAGGGAGGAGAAGACCUAUAUCCACAUCAUCGACCAAAGGACCAGGCAGCCUGUGCAGACCAAGUUUUACACAGACGCCAUGGUGGUCUUCCAUCACGUCAACGCGUAUGAAGAGGACGGCUGCAUCGUGUUUGACGUUAUUGCCUACGAGGACAACAGCCUCUACCAGCUCUUCUACCUGGCCAACCUGAACCAGGACUUCAAGGAGAACUCCAGGCUCACCUCGGUCCCCACCCUCAGGAGGUUUGCCGUGCCCCUCCACGCGGACAAGAAUGCAGAAGUGGGCUCAAAUUUAAUCAAACUGGCAUCUACAACAGCCAUGGCCCUGAAGGAAGAAGAUGGCCAAGUCUACUGCCAGCCGGAAUUUCUUUAUGAAGGCUUAGAGCUUCCACGGGUCAAUUAUGCUCACAAUGGAAAGCGAUACCGGUAUGUCUUUGCUGCAGGAGUUCAAUGGAGUCCAAUCCCAACCAAGAUAAUAAAAUAUGACAUUCUCACAAAGUCGUCCUUGAAAUGGAGAGAGGACGACUGCUGGCCAGCGGAACCCCUGUUUGUGCCCGCACCAGGCGCCAAGGAUGAGGAUGACGGAGUCAUCCUAUCAGCCAUUGUCUCUACUGAUCCCCAGAAGCCACCUUUUCUGCUCAUUCUGGAUGCCAAAAGCUUUACAGAAUUGGCCCGUGCCUCCGUUGAUGUCGAUAUGCACAUGGAUCUCCACGGAUUAUUCAUCGCAGACAUGGACGGGGACGCAAAAAAGCAGACCGCUUCUGAGGAACAGCGGGACAGGGCUUCCGACUGCCACGGGGCUCCUCCGACCUGAUGGUGUUGAGGUUUGGACAGGGGAGGGAAGCUUGGCUGUCAGAACUCCAUGGAUACAUUUCUUUGGAUAGAGGGGAGGGCCUUGGUUACCUUUUGUACUUAUUCUUUCUGUGGGCGCUUUCACAAGGGCAUGGCAAGAGAGUUUGUCAGUAUCAUUUCUUUCACUUUAUUUUGGCCGUAAAAAUUUUGUUUGAAAGUCAAAUAUUUGAAGAUCAAAUAUAUAUUGAUUAGAUCCAGUUCUUCCAAGAAAGCUCCUUUCCUUUAACAUAAAGACCUUGACCAUGAAUUGGAAAUGAUAUUCAAUGACAUUAUCAUCAUUUUUAGAAUGAGCCACUAACCUGUUAGAGAAGAGACAGAUAGUUAUUUAUCAUUGUGCCUUCCUCUGUCUCUUUCUCUUUCCUUUGCUCCCUCCCGUCUUUCUAGUGGACUAAAUUGUGUAUCUGGGAGUUCUCGCUUUCUAGCCAGGCCUGAUGAGUUAAGUUAUGUGACCAGGAAGGCAUGCCACUUUGUGGUCAUUCCAUGCAAGUCAUGGCAUAAUAGAAAAUAAUAAAAACUUUA